CCGGGCCGGGCCGCUGCAGGCGCGGCGGGGCCGGGGCUGGUGCCGGUGCCGGGGCGGCCUCGGGCCGCUCCCGAUGGUGUCUGGCGGCUGCCGGCCCCAGGCUCAGGAUGGCGGCGGCGGCGGGGGGGACCGGCCAGGAGAAGCAGCUCGCUCCGACCCUCCUCAGUUUCUUCAUCUACAACCCCAAGCUGGGGCCCAAAGAGGGAGAGGAAGAAAAGAAGAUUCUCUUCUAUCACCCAAAUGAAGUAGAAAAGAAUGAAAAAAUUAGAAAUGUGGGGCUAUGUGAAGCUAUAGUGCAAUUCACGAGGACCUUUAGUCCAACAAAACCAGCAAAAUCCCUACAUACACAGAAGAACAGACAAUUUUUCCACGAACCUGAAGAAAACUUCUGGAUGGUCAUGGUUGUACGGAAUCCCAUAAUAGAAAAACACAAAGAUGGAAAGCCAGUCUAUGAAUAUCAGGAAGAAGAAUUGCUGGACAAGGUCUAUAGCUCGGUCCUGCAGCAGUGCUACAGCAUGUACAAGCUUUUCAAUGGCACGUUCCUGAAGGCCAUGGAAGAUGGAGGUGUGAAAGGCCUAAAGGAGAGACUAGAGAAAUUCUUCCAUCGGUACUUGCAGACACUGCACUUACAGUCUUGUGAUCUGCUGGAUGUGUUUUGUGGAAUCAGCUUCUUCCCACUGGAUAAAAUGACUUACUUGAAAAUUCAGUCGUUUAUUAAUAGGAUGGAAGAAAGCCUGAACAUAGUCAAGUAUACUGCAUUCCUCUACAAUGACCAGCUUAUCUGGAGUGGACUGGAGCAAGAUGACAUGAGAAUUUUGUACAAAUAUCUCACAACAUCUCUGUUUCCAAGGCACAUGGAACCUGAGUUAGCGGGAAGAGAUUCUCCAAUACGUGCUGAAAUGCCGGGAAAUCUGCAGCACUAUGGAAGGUUUCUUACUGGACCUUUAAAUCUUAAUGAUCCAGAAACAAAAUGCCGUUUCCCCAAAAUAUUUGUUAACACUGAUGACACUUACGAGGAGCUUCAUUUAAUUGUUUAUAAGGCCAUGAGUGCAGCUGUCUGCUUUAUGAUUGAUGCUUCGAUCCCGCCCACGCUGGAGUUCUGCCGGAAGCUGGACAGCAUUGUUGGGCCUCAGCUCACCGUGCUGGCAUCAGACAUUUGUGAACAGUACAACAUCAACAAGAGAAUAUCGGGGGCUGAGAAGGAACCUCAGUUUAAGUUUAUCUAUUUCAAUCACAUGAACCUGGCAGAGAAAAGUACCAUUCACAUGAGGAAAACACCCAGUGUAUCACUUGCAUCUGUUCACCCCGACCUCAUGAAGAUUCUCGGUGACAUCAACAGUGACUUCUCCAGAGUUGAUGAAGAUGAGGAGAUUAUUGUGAAGGCAAUGAGUGAUUACUGGGUAGUUGGGAAGAAGUCUGACCAGAGAGAACUGUAUGUUAUUUUGAAUCAAAAAAAUGUAAAUCUGAUUGAAGUUAAUGAAGAAGUGAAGAAACUUUGUGCAACACAGUUUAACAAUAUUUUCUUCUUGGAUUGAUCUGCAAAGGGCUGAUUUAUUGAAGAUGUCAAUGUCAGGCACUUGUUCAACAUGAGAAGUUAUUAGUCAUAUUAUUGACUGGAAUAAUGACAAUAGUAAAGCAAUACUUGCUUUGUAAGAAUCAAAAUUUCUACUAAAAUCUGUAAACUCUGACCAUAAAAUUUUUAAAUUUUAAACAUGUUUAUGUGCAAGCUAAUUAGAAACCAGUCUGAAUUCAUCUGUACCAUUCCAUUCUGAUAUGUUAUGUGAAUAUUUUGCUGGAAAAUAAAGCUAAUAAUUGUUACACUUUUAAGGGCA